GAAUGACAACCGGUGCAAUGUAGAGGGGUGCUUAUGGUUAAUGUGAACGAGGCUUUGUCUGAAUCGGUCCCAUUGAGCCUGCUGCUCCAGCACGAAUGAUGCUGAUGCUGCGCCCACGCUCAAAUGUCUCUACUGCGCAGUCGCCGAUGCAACGAACGCAGUAAGAGAAAGGAGACGCAAUAAUGGCCCUUGAUAAUUUAAUUUUCGCCCAAUGCGUCCUCUAUUUUUUGGCGUUUGUUUUUGGUUUUAUUGCCGUAGUGCCUCUCUCUGAAAACACGGAGGAUUUUCAUGGAAAAUGCUUGCUUUUCACGCGUGGUAUGUGGCAGAAUGAGAACAUCACAGUCUCAAAGCAGCGCUUUAUCGUUGAGGAGUGGGGACCGGAGUCUUCCUGCAGUUUCAUCACUUUUGUCGGGAUAGCAUCUCUCAUCCUGUCCGCAGUGCAGUCAUGGAGACUGCUGUUGUUUCUUUUCAAAGGCCACGACGAUUCCCUGUUCAAUGCCUUCCUGAAUCUGUUGAUCAGCUCCUUGAUGGUGUUCACAGUGUUCCUCUCCAGCACCAUCAUUAGUGUGGGCUUCAACUUGUGGUGUGACGCCAUCACAGAGGGCGGGGGCAUGCCCAGCAGCUGUGAGGACAUGCAGGACACCGAUCUGGAGUUAGGAUUGGACAACUCCUCGUUCUAUGACCAGUUUGCCAUUGCCCAGUUUGGUCUGUGGGCAGCAUGGCUGACAUGGCUGGGCAUCACGGUCAUGGCCUUCCUCAAGGUCUACCACAACUACCGCCAGGAGGACCUUCUGGACAGUCUGAUCCACGAGAAGGAGCUGCUGCUUGGACACUCGUCCCACCGGGGCUCCGAUGCCAACCAGUUGAAGAGUGGCAUGAUCUAACACCCAGAGGGCACGUGCACAUUACUGACACAUAUCCUCCUAUCCUACCCCAACUGCCAGCCCCUGUCAAUCUACACUGAGUGUACAAAAGAUUAGGAACACCUUCCUAAUAUUGAGUUUCACCCCUUUUUGCCAUCAGACAGCCUCAAUUAUUUUGGGCAUGGACUCUACAAGGUGUCAAAAGCGUUCCACAUGGAGGCCCAUGUUAACUCCAAUGCUUCCCACGGUUGUGUUAAGUUGGUUGGAUGUCCAUUUGAUGGUGGACCAUUCUUGAUACACACAAGAAACUGUUGAGUGUGAAAAACCCAGCAGCUUUGCAGUUCUUGAUACAAACCGUUGCGCCUGAGACGUACUACCAUACUGCACUUAAAUCUUUUGUCUUGUCCAUUCACCCUCCCUCUGAAUGGCACACAAACACAAUCCAUGUCUCAGUUGUCUCAAAGCUAAAACAUCCUUUUUUAACCUAUAUCCCCCCCCUGCAUCUACACUGAUUGAAGUGGAUUUAACAGGUGACAUCAAUCAAUAAGGGAUCAUAGCUUUCACCUGGAUUCACCUGGUAAGAGCAGGUGUUCUUAAUGUUUUGUACACUCAGUGCAAUUUUCAAUCAAGUGAAAUCCAUUAACUGUUUUUAGAGUGCAUAAUAAUGUCUUGCUUGGACAUACUUCUCCUCAUGUGUUUCCUGAUUUUCCCCUUGAAAACGCUGCUCAUGACUGUAAAGCGCUGCAGGGUAAGGAGAUUCCGGCUGUAUUGUGGAGCUGAUUCAAUCCAUUUGUCCACUUGCUAUAUUUGUAUUUGAUAAUGAGUUACUGCUGACAUGUCUUCCCCUUCAAGGCACACACUGGAGCGUAAAUGAGCUCAGAAAAUCAAGGUCAUUUAAUGAGGAUAGAAAUGGUGCAUUGAGACUCGUUUUUACCGCGAUUUCCAUUUAGCUGCACAUAGAUGGUGACUCACACAAGGUGGUUAAAGAAUGGUUCAAAUGGAUCAUAUUUUCUUUGUUUUCAUUUCUUUGCAUGUACUGUGUGAAUAUAGACAGUGUGAGCAGGCUGACAUUUCUUUGCAUGUACUGUGUGAAUAUAGACCGUGUGAGCAGGCUGACAUUUCUUUGCAUGUACUGUGUGAAUAUAGACAGUGUGAGCAGGCUGACAUUUCUUUGCAUGUACUGUGUGAAUACAGACAGUGUGAGCAGGCUGACAUUUCUUUGCAUGUACUGUGUGAAUAUAGACAGUGUGAGCAGGCUGACAUUUCUUUGUGUUGGGCAAUAUAUUAUUUUGUAACCUAUCAUACAUUCAUGAUAGGCUUUCAGUAAUGUGUGAAUUCUUUGCAUGCAUGCAGCAACAGAGUAUGACGUAAGAUUUUCAGUCUAUUAUGCAGUAUCUACAAUUACCAAACAGUAUUUUUUUUAAAUGAAAAGUGUACUUUGUAAGAACUUUGUCAAUGAACUUAAACUGACUGGAACAGAUCUCAGGAUGAAAUGCCUGAAAAUCACAUAAGUAGCUAAAUCAGUCAAUCUGUUCAUCCUGAUAAUCAUAAAAGCUCAGGCUGGCCCCUCCUUUGUUAUUUAACACAAUCUUGACGCAAAAAAAAAAGUUUUGACAGUGAGUGAGAAGCCUGUAACAUAGACGGGAUGACACAUUAUCCAAGGCUAGUUCUGUGUUGUUGUGCGUGAGGAAAUGUAGCCUGCGGCG